GAAUCCUAGCCCAUUUGGAUCUUGGUAAUGAGAUAAGUGGCCCAAGUCUGGAAACUAAACAAAAGACCCAAAGAGGCCACCUUCCCUAACCAUGGAUAUUAAGUUGAGGAGAAAUGGACUUUAAGCUCAUGAGUGGCUAGGUGGGGAGGUGCGAUUUGUAGCCACUCUACCAACAACCUUAUUAUAAAGAAGGAUGGCUGACGGAGAGGAUAUUCAACCCCUUGUCUGUGAUAAUGGAACCGGAAUGGUUAAGGCUGGGUUUGCUGGAGACGAUGCACCAAGGGCAGUCUUCCCAAGUAUUGUUGGUCGUCCCAGGCACACUGGUGUCAUGGUUGGUAUGGGCCAAAAGGAUGCAUAUGUUGGAGAUGAAGCUCAGUCUAAAAGAGGUAUUUUGACAUUGAAAUACCCAAUUGAGCAUGGUAUUGUUAGCAACUGGGAUGACAUGGAGAAGAUCUGGCACCACACGUUCUACAAUGAACUUCGUGUUGCUCCUGAAGAGCAUCCCGUCUUGCUGACUGAGGCCCCACUGAACCCCAAGGCUAACAGGGAGAAGAUGACUCAGAUUAUGUUUGAGACAUUCAAUGUUCCUGCUAUGUAUGUUGCCAUUCAAGCCGUUCUUUCACUCUAUGCUAGUGGUCGUACUACAGGUAUUGUACUCGAUUCUGGUGAUGGUGUGAGCCACACUGUGCCAAUCUACGAGGGUUAUGCUCUUCCUCAUGCUAUCCUCCGUCUGGAUCUUGCUGGUCGUGAUCUUACUGAUUAUCUCAUGAAAAUUCUCACCGAGAGAGGUUACAUGUUCACAACAUCUGCUGAACGGGAAAUUGUCCGUGAUAUUAAAGAGAAACUAGCCUACGUUGCUCUUGAUUAUGAACAGGAAUCAGAGACAGCCAAGAGCAGCUCUGUGAUAGAGAAGAACUACGAGCUACCUGAUGGUCAGGUGAUCACGAUUGGAGCUGAGAGAUUCCGUUGUCCAGAGGUCCUCUUCCAGCCUUCACUAGUCGGUAUGGAGUCUUCUGGUAUCCAUGAAACAACCUACAACUCCAUCAUGAAAUGUGAUGUCGACAUCAGGAAGGACCUUUACGGUAACAUCGUGCUCAGUGGUGGUUCAACUAUGUUCCCUGGUAUCGCUGAUCGUAUGAGCAAAGAGAUUACUGCUCUUGCCCCUAAUAGCAUGAAAAUCAAGGUUGUUGCUCCACCUGAGAGAAAGUACAGUGUGUGGAUAGGAGGAUCUAUCCUUGCAUCGCUUAGCACAUUCCAACAGAUGUGGAUCUCCAAGGGUGAGUAUGAUGAGUCUGGCCCAUCAAUCGUUCAUCGUAAGUGCUUCUAAGUUGUGUUUCUGAAAUUGUUGGCCUAAAUCCCCCCCCUCCCCCUUCUCUCUCCUCUAGGAACAUACCAGUUUGGUGGAACUUUUAAAGUCUUGUAUAAUUUUAGUUUGGUUGAGAUGAAGUUAAGCUUAGUUACUACGGAUAUUGUAGGAUAUUAAGGAACAGAAUUGUUACUGUUGUUGGGUGCUUGUAACUGCAAUUUAAUGAUAUUUCGUUUGUAACUUCGUUUGGUGGUUUGUUAACUAUGAUAGGAGUUUGGUCCUUCAUACAUCAAGCUCGAAUUAAGGGUUUUGUUAGCCUCCUUAUUGAAUUUGUCUUGAAUGGGAGUUUUCCAUUGUACAUUGUAUUGAUUACCUACAAAGGCGAUUUUCAGACAAAAGAAAACACAUUUUCUGAUU